UCUACAGUCUAUACUCAUGGAGCUUCACAGCCAUUUUUCAAACUUUACCUUCAUGGCAAUAUCCGUUCUCUCCCUCUUGGUACUAUUUAAAAUACUUAAAAGCUUGAGUAGUUCGAAAACAUCUAACACCAAUUUACCACCAGGGCCAUGGACACUGCCCUUCAUAGGGAACAUACAUCAGAUUAUUAGCAGCUCAUUGCCUCAUCAUUCCCUCAAAAAUUUGGCACAAAAGUAUGGACCUUUGAUGUUCCUAAAACUUGGUGAGGUACCCUACAUAAUAGUUAGUUCACCCGAAAUCGCCAAAGAUAUUAUGAAAACACAUGACCUCAGCUUUUGUGAUAGGCCAAAUCUUAUGACGUUCACAAUAUUUAGUUACAACGCUACCGAUAUUAUCUUCUCUGCAUUUGAUGAACACUGGAGGCAAUUACGGAAGAUGUGUGUUAUGGAGCUGUUGAGUGUAAAGCGUGUCCAGUCGUUUAGGUCGAUAAGAGAAGAAGAGGUGUUAGAUCUUGUUAAAUCAAUAACUGCAAGUGAGGGAUCAGUUGUUAAUCUCUCUCAUAAGGUUUUUGAAAUGACGUUUGGGAUAACGGCUCGGGCAGCUUUUGGAAAAAGAAGUAAACAUCAAGAAGCAUUCAGAUCAGCACUCGAUGAAAUGUUAACUUUGAUGGGAGGGUUUUGUAUUGCUGAUUUGUAUCCUUCUAUUAAAAUACUUCAAAAGAUGAGUACCGUAAAGAAGAAAUAUCAAAAACUUCACAAUGAAAUUGAUAUGAUAAUGCAAGAUAUUAUAGACGAGCACCAAAGCAUUCAGCGGGAACCAGGCAGGGAUGAAGAUAUAGUCGAUGCUCUUCUCAAGAUUCAACACGAAAAUGAACACUCACAACAUCGCAUUACUGAUGUAACUAUGAAAUCAAUCAUUCUGGACAUUUUUGCUGCUGCUACUGAUACAUCGUCCGGGACUGUGUUAUGGGGUAUGUCUGAGAUGGUAAAGAAUCCAAAGGUAAUGGAAGAAGCACAAGAUGAGGUAAGAAGAGUGUUUGAUAAAAAAGGGUAUGUAGAUGAGACAGAGCUGCACAAAUUGACAUAUUUAAAGUCUGUCAUAAAAGAAACACUAAGGUUGCAUCCUAUGAUACCUAUGUUACUUCCAAGAGAAAGUAGAGAGAGAUGCAAAAUCAAUGGGUAUGAGAUUCCUGCUAAGACAAGGGUGUUGGUCAAUGCUUGGGCUAUUGGAAGAGAUCCAAAGUAUUGGGUUGAAGCUGAGAGUUUUAAACCUGAGAGGUUUGUGAAUAACACAACUGAUUUCAAAGGCACGGACUUUGAAUUCAUACCAUUUGGUGCUGGGAGAAGGAUGUGUCCAGGAAUUGCAUUUGCCUUACCCAAUGUUGAACUGCCUCUUGCUCAAUUACUUUACCACUUUGAUUGGAAGCUUCCCAAUGAUAUGAAGAAUGAAGAACUCGAUAUGACUGAGUCAUUUGGGAUAACAGCAGAAAGAAAAGAUGACCUAUGUUUGAUUCCUAUUGUUCGCUGUCUUUGAUAUGUAUUUAAUUUUCCAUCAACAAAUAUGACCAUAGUUUUGUAUUGUGGUUUAUAGUAUUGAUGAUGCAAAUGUUUUAAAAUAUUAUUAGAUCGGUGAUUUAAAAUCACAUGCUCAAGAAA